ACAGCAUGGAGCAGCAGCUCCGGCAGUGAACACAGCACCCACCCUGUCACCUGGCAGGCCCAGGGACACUGUGGUGUCCUGCAGUGCCUGUGCCCAGGGCAGCUUGUGGAACGUGGGAGAAGGAUGUGGCCUGAGAAAGUCGUGCUGAGAUGCCGCAGUUAGAGAGAAGAAGACUGUCAACAGCUGCACUGGAGUCAGGACAGGGUUCUUAAAAUGCUUAGGAUGAAGACUCUCUGUUCCCAUGUUGUUUUGUCUAAGGGCCUUGAAGUUGUGCUUGAAGGUUGAUUCCCAUUUAAACUCUCUGCUUAUGAUCUUCAGCAUACCCCCAGAGGAACAUCACAUGUUUCAUCCUGCCCUUUCCCGAAUGAAUGCUCUUUGUUCCCUCGAGAGAGCUACCGAUGGGUCCCUGCGGAGUGAGGACUGGGCUCUCAACAUGGAGAUCUGUGACAUCAUUAAUGAGACUGAAGAAGGGCCCAAAGAUGCCUUCCGAGCCAUUAAGAAGAGAAUUGUAGGGAAUAAGAACUUCCAUGAAGUUAUGCUGGCUUUGACGGUCCUGGAGACCUGCGUCAAGAACUGUGGCCACCGCUUCCACAUCCUUGUGUCCAGCCAGGACUUUGUAGAAGGUGUCCUGGUGAGAACAAUCCUGCCAAAGAACAAUCCACCUGCCAUAGUGCAUGACAAGGUGCUGACCCUCAUUCAGUCCUGGGCAGACGCCUUCCGCAGCUCUCCGGACUUGACUGGUGUCGUUGCUGUAUAUGAAGACCUGAGACGGAAGGGUUUGGAGUUCCCCAUGACUGAUCUGGACAUGCUGUCACCCAUCCACACACCACAGAGGACUGUCUAUAGCUCCAACUCUCAAUCUGGGCAGAACUCACCUGCAGUCAACUCCCCUCAGCAGAUGGAGUCCAUCCUCCACCCUGUCACCCUGCCCCCUGGGAGAGGCACAUCCAGUGACGCACCCAUCACACCCACACCAGAGCAGAUCAGGAAGCUGCGCAGUGAGCUGGAAGUGGUGAAUGGGAACACAAAGGUUAUGUCGGAGAUGUUGACAGAGCUGGUGCCGUCCCAGGCAGAGCCUUCUGACCUGGAGCUGCUGCAAGAGCUGAAUCGGACAUGCAGAGCCAUGCAGCAGCGAGUCCUGGAGCUGAUUCCCCGUGUCCUCCAUGAGCAACUCACUGAGGAGCUGCUCAUCAUCAAUGACAACCUCAAUAACGUGUUUCUACGCCAUGAAAGGUUUGAGCGACUUCGGACAGGACAGCCUGUUAAGGCACCAAAUGAGGCAGAGAACAGCUUGAUUGACCUGGGACCCAGUACUCCUUCAGCACUGAAACAGCCUGAAGUCACCAGCAACCUUUCCUCUCAGCUGGCUGGAAUGAACCUGGGCUCAAGCAGUGUAAGUGCAGGGCUGCAGUCCCUCGACACUUCUGGCAAGCUGGAAGAAGACUUUGACAUGUUUGCCCUGACCCGUGGCAGCUCGCUGGCUGAGCAGCGCAGAGGGGUAAAGUACGAAGACCCCCAAGCCACCAAAGGCCUUGCUGGUGCCCUGGAUGCCCGGCAGCAGAACACGGGAGCGGGGGAGUCUGGUGCCUCUGGUGAUGGAGCCCAGCUGACAAAGUGGAUGAUGCGUCAAGGAAUGGUACCAGUUCCUCAAGCCAAUUUCAUGGAAGACAUAGAAAAGUGGCUCUCCACUGAUGUGGGAGAAUCAGAGGAUCCAAAAGGUGUUACCAGUGAAGAGUUUGACAAAUUUCUGGAAGAACGAGCGAAAGUUGCGGACCGCCUCCCCACUUUGUCCAGCUCCUCAGCAGGGAGGUCUGUGUCCCCUCCUGCUGCCAGCCAUCAUCAGAAGCAAGCAAAGGAAGAUGAUGCUAUGUUUGCCUUGUGAAUGCUAUGGACCGGUGUGCUGUGGAGCAAGAGGCUGUGUGUGCUGUUUUGCUUGCCUCCAGCCAGGGGCCAGCAGAGGAAGGACUCUGUCCCCUUCCUCCAUUCUCUUCCUGUUUUACCUUUGAGUUGUUUUUAUUUUUAAGUUGCUUUCAGACUUCAGAUAAUCUUUGUUGUGUUUAGGGAUAUCAUACAAUAGACUUGUAAAGGGGGGUUUCAAAGCUGCUAGAGAAUGUGGGAGUUCAGUGGGCUUUUCUUUUUCUGGUACAGUGUGGGCAAAGCAGAAGAAGCUCCGGAAGAAGCUCCCCAAUCCUACUCUCCAGUGAGGUAGUUAGAGAUCUUGCCCAAGAAACAAGAGAGGCUGCAGUCUGCUGCUGAAAUCAUUCCUGCCUGCCUCUUUCCUCACCCCUCCCCUAGAAUGUAUCUCCAGCCCUCUGCCUGCCAGUGUUAGACUGGAAAGCACGGGGAUGUGAAGCAUUACUGGUGGCCGAGGAGGAACACUAAUGGUAGAGGGACCCUGUUACUCUAAUCUCUCUCGCACAAGUGCUUGUGGUAUGCAACACCUUCCCACUCACAACCCCUUCUCUUCCUCGCCUCCCUUUCCCCAUCAGUUUAUCCAGAAUCCUACCCACAGCCCAGAUGCUUCCAUUGCAUGACAGCCAGUCAUCCAAGCCCUCGGACUUGGACAGGACUGCAAGCGGUACCCCAGGCUCAAGGGGUUGUCUCCCAGUGGGUAGGAUGUGCCUUCAGCAAACUAUUUGCAGUUAAUUUAAUUCUCCAUUAUCAUACUUUCCUCCCAAUGUGCUCUUACCUCCCUCUCUCACUUCCACUGAUGCCUUCCACCACAUCGUGCCGUGGUGUGGGGAGUCUCUGUGAGCCAGGCCAAUGCUACAGCCUCCCUCAGGAUGGCUGCGUGUGCCGGGCUCACAGAGCUGCGUCCCCCUAAAGCAGGAGGCCCUUCCAUCGCCACUGUUACACCCAUGGGAACGUGCUGUUGCUGCAGAAGCUCUUUCAGCUGGUGAACACAGAGGGGAAGUGAGACAUCAGUCAUCUCAUGCCAGUGCAACAGCCCUGCAGCAGCCAGAAGUUCCUCUGCACACUGGGAGAAAAACCCUUCAGAGCAAACCGCACACACUGCCCACUUGUAAAUGAAAGCCAAGGAGGAGGGUGCCAAGCUCAGGGCUCCUGCUCGUGGGAUUUCUUGAUGAGCGUGGGAGAGUUGUCUUUUUUUACUGCACAUUAAAGGAGCAAAGACUUGAGCCUCCCUUGAA